CUCUUUUAAGAGCCACCCAUAUUAUUAAAAGAACAACUCCUUUUACCGAUGAAACGUCUAUCUGCGCUCUCUAGGCUGCAAUCACUCUAAAGAGUUAAUGUUUCGAGCUCACGCACAGUCAACGUAGUGUUCCCGACAGGGUGUCAAAACAGUGUGUGGUUUCAACUAGGUCCGCGCCUACAUUAUAUAUUGCCAGUGUUCUGUACGCCUUCUAUACUUUCAUUUGGUUUGUUUUCACGCAACUGAGGAACGAUGUCUGGAAGAGGAAAAGGGGGUAAAGGGCUCGGGAAAGGCGGAGCCAAACGUCAUCGCAAAGUUUUACGCGAUAACAUUCAAGGAAUCACCAAACCUGCGAUUCGACGCCUUGCUCGACGCGGUGGCGUGAAACGCAUUUCUGGCCUCAUUUACGAGGAGACUCGUGGUGUGCUGAAAGUGUUUCUUGAAAACGUCAUUCGCGAUGCUGUCACGUACACUGAGCACGCCAAGCGUAAAACUGUGACUGCCAUGGACGUGGUGUACGCACUGAAGCGUCAAGGCCGCACUCUGUAUGGUUUUGGUGGUUAGUUUGGACUUCUUGCUAAAAAGGAAAAAAAAGGCUCUUUUAAGAGCCGCCCACAUGUGCGCUGAAAGAACACGUUUCUUACUUCUGAAGUGGUGUUGGUAUAUUGUAAUUCUAAUUGUACUUGUUACUCCUCCAUAACAAUCAUUGUGCAGAUUUACUUAAGACUGUGAUUUAAGUUCCAGAGUGGUUCUGUGGUUGAAAUUGCUGAGACAUUGUUUUGUUGAAACUGAGUUGUAAACCUAAUUUCAAAUAUGAGAUUGUUUAUGAUCAGACAUAGCACCAUCAGAGACCACAAAGGUUGUCUAAAACAUAAUACAGACAUUUAUUCAAAUGGGGCAUUCAUACAAAUAAAAUGUUAUUGUGAAAUGGGUAUUGUAAACUGGUGAUUUGAAAAUGUUUAACAUUUGAUCUUUGAACAUUUUGUGUAACCUGGAAUAAAAAACAGCGAUAGAGACAA